UUCCUCUCCCUCUCUCUCUCUCUACGAAACACCAAGAAAAUUAUCUCACCUCUGAGAAACACCGGGAAAAUCUCAGCCAUGGCGAGACCCAUUUGGUUUUAUCUACAGCACUUGGUGUUCUUCAUGUUUCUAAAUGUCAUUGUCGCUUAUGCCAGCAGGCGCUCACACCGGCCUCAUCAAGAGCCAAGUUACCUGAAAUUUGUUGUCAACGCCACAGAUUUCCCAUCUGAAGAUUACUAUGACUACAUUAUCGUUGGAGGUGGCACUGCUGGGUGCCCCUUGGCUGCGACACUAUCAUCUAGAUUUCGUGUACUCGUGAUCGAACGGGGUGGUAUUGCUUAUGGAAAUCGAAACUUGAUGACCAAAGAAGGUUUCUUGGCCACACUCAUGGAUGUCAACUCCUUUGACUCGCCUACACAAGCCUUCACAUCUGAAGAUGGUGUCCCGAAUGUCCGAGGCCGCAUUCUUGGAGGCAGCAGUGCCAUAAAUGCUGGUUUCUAUAGCCGUGCAGAUGAAGACUUUUACAGGAAAACCAGUGUCAAUUGGGAUUUUCGAAUGGUGAAUGAGUCCUAUAAGUGGGUUGAAAGGGCAAUUGUGUUUAGGCCAGAGCUGAGGACUUGGCAAUCCGCAGUUCGAGAUGGGUUAUUGCAAGCUGGUGUUGAUCCCUAUAAUGGGUUUAGUUUUGAUCAUGUAGUGGGGACCAAGAUUGGUGGUUCAACAUUUGACACUUUGGGAAGGAGACAUAGUGCUGCUGAUCUUUUCAAGUAUGCAAAACCAGUGAAUGUCAAAGUUGUGACACAUGCCAAUGUGGAAAGGAUUCUGGUGGGUUCAUCUAUGCCAUCAGCAGUGUCAAGGCAGUCUGCAAUGGGGGUUGUUUUUCGUGAUCGAAUCGGGAUGUAUCACCAUGCCUUGUUACGUGAACAUGGCGAGGUGAUUCUCUCAGCUGGUGCCCUUGGAAGCCCACAGCUACUUCUGUUGAGUGGUAUUGGCCCAAGGCCUUAUCUUUCCUCUUGGGGGAUCCCAGUGGCUCAUCAUCUUCCUUAUGUCGGGCAGUAUCUUUAUGAUAAUCCAAGAAAUGGCAUCUCAAUUGUGCCACCAAUUCCACUGGAGCACUCACUGAUUCAAGUGGUUGGCAUUACUGAAUCAGGAGCUUACAUUGAAGCAGCCUCCAAUGUCAUCCCUUUUGCAUCUCCUGCAAGAUCUGUGUUCAUUCGGACACCAUCUGCGCCUCUCUACCUCACUGUGGCCACCCUCAUGGAGAAGACUGUUGGGCCAGCCUCAGCUGGUUCUCUGAGGCUGGCUUCAACAGAUGUCAAGGUGAAUCCUAUUGUUCGAUUCAACUACUUCAGCAACCCGGUGGAUGUGCAAAGGUGUGUGAAUGGGACCCGCAAGAUUGGCGAUAUACUCAGGACCCAGUCUAUGGAGGAUUUCAAGUUCCAGGGCUGGUUUGGGAGCAAAGAUUUUAGGUUUGUAGGACCUGCAUUGCCUGUUGACCAAUCUAACUACGAGGUAAUGGCAGAUUUCUGUCGCCGCACAGUCAGCACCAUAUGGCACUACCAUGGGGGCUGCAUUAUGGGGAAGGUGGUUGAUGCUGAUUUCCGGGUCAUUGGCCUUGAUGCACUCAGAGUUGUGGAUGGAUCAACGUUCGGUAUAUCACCAGGGACAAAUCCCCAGGCCACUCUUAUGAUGCUUGGGAGAUAUGUUGGGCUGAAGAUGAUGAAAGACAGAAAGGAUUAUAAAAUGAUCGACUGAUCAUCUCUUGUUUCUGCGUUGGUUUUACUUUGUUGAGCAGCUCUUGUGUAUUUUCUUGUAGAUAAAGAGUAGAUUGGUGCUCUCAGGAGAAUUAGUAUGUUGGUUCAUUCUUUCAAAACUGAAAGAG